AUGGAAACUAUGUAUAGAGCGACUACCCCGCGGGAGGUGACAGUGGUGGAUGCUGCUCUACUAAUAAUAGUCUCCCCUCCAGCGGCAUCGGGACUCGGGAGCGCGCACAUGUGGCGCCCGGCGACCGUCUGUUCUGCGUGGGCUCCAGCGCGAGUCUUGCACUCCGAGCUGCAGGUCGGUGCACGUUUGAGUAACCGAUCCGACGGACGCCACCGGAUCUAUUUCGGGAAAAUACAAAUUUGGAAUGGAUGGUACUCGCGACUCGAAAGCGAACUCCGCCGGUCGAGUCCAUUUUUAGAGCUGGACUGCGCGUGCGCAGGGAGAGCGUCGCCAGUGUUUGACGAGCUGCCACCAGGCCGUGUCGCUCGCUGCCCGGGCCUGCUGCCGGCCGGGCGUGAUCCUGCACGUCCUGCCGGGGAUCGACUUAAUGUGACCGGCCUUAAGAAACAAUUGAAGAACGAAGCCAGCCCUAUAGCCUUGCGUUAG